AUGAGUUCCCUAGUUUGGGACAGGAGGCUGUCAUAUUUUUUUCUCCUGAUGUCUUUUCUUCUGCUGCUCAGCAAGGGGGAGAGAAUGUGCCCAGCAAGUUGUCGCUGCGAAGUGAAGAUUGUUUAUUGCGAGUCUGGCAUUUUUCAAGACAUCCCAGAAAACAUCUCUACUGGAUGCCAGGGUCUGUCCCUGCGCUUCAACCGCUUAGUGACUCUGCUGCCUUACCAAUUCGCUCAUCUCAACCAGCUCAUCUGGCUCUACCUGGACCACAAUUCCAUCACCGCCAUAGAUAGCUUAGCCUUCCAGGGCGUGCGUAGGCUCAAAGAACUGAUUCUUAGCUCCAACAAGAUCACACUUUUACACAAUAAGMCUUUCAAUGCUGUACCAAACCUGCGCAAUCUUGAUUUUUCCUACAACCAGCUACAGUCUCUGCAGCCAGGUCAUUUCUAUGGUCUGCGUAAGCUCCAAAACCUUCACCUACGGUCCAAUGGUCUCAACAGUAUACCUGUACGGACUUUUCUGGAGUGUCGCAGCCUGGAGUUCCUGGACCUGGGUUACAAUCACCUACGCACCCUAUUCCGCACCACCUUCUUGGGGUUGUUCAAGUUGAAAGAGCUUCAUCUGGAGCAUAAUCAAUUUUCAAGGAUUAAUUUGUUUCUUUUCCCACGCCUUAGCAAUCUACAGGUCCUCUACUUGCAAUGGAACCGGAUACGAGCCGUCAAUCAGGGCCUGCCAUGGAUCUGGCAUACGCUGCAGAAAUUAGACCUCUCAGGAAAUGACAUCCAGAUCCUGGACCCAGCUGUUUUCCAGUGUAUGCCAAACUUACAAAUACUCCAUCUUGAAUCCAACAAGCUGAGCAACAUGUCUCAGGAUGUGGUUUCAGCCUGGGUCUCCCUCACCACCAUCAGCCUGGUGGGUAAUGCCUGGGACUGCAGCCCUACCAUCUGCCCCCUGGUGACCUGGCUGAAGAACUUCAGAGGCUCAAAGGACAUCAAAAUUAUAUGCAGCAGCCCCAAGUCAGUUCAGGGAGACAGAGUAAUGGACAUAGUGAGGAACUACACAAUCUGUGUGAACAUAUCAGUUGUAGAGCAAACCACAGCUACGAUCACGAGGCAAACCACAGCCUCAGAUGUGGACACAAAAAAGCCUACCACACCACCUCCUUCCACGACCACAACAACCCAAGAUAUAUCUGCAUCAACAGUACAAAGACUCACUCCACAACCUGUCUCUCCCAUUGUGACAGAAAAAGAAACAAUGGAGUCCAUACUCAUGACCUCAAUCUCUCCAGAAUCCUCAUCAUUUUUCCCAGAACUAGAGGUUGAGCAUAUGGCCUUCCAUAAAAUCAUUGCAGGCAGUGUAGCCCUAUUUCUCUCUGUGUCAUUGAUCCUGCUGGUAAUUUAUGUCUCAUGGAAGCGCUACCCCAAUAGCAUGAGGCAGCUGCAGCAGCACUCAGUCAACCGCAAGCACAGAAAAAAGGCCCGGAAGCAGAAGCUUAACCUUAACUCUCAGUUACAAGAGUAUUAUUUGACUUAUACAAACUCUCAGACCAUGGAUGCAUUGGUAAAUGAGACAAGGGCCUACACCUGCACAAUCUCAGGAUCCAGAGAAUGUGAGGUAUAAUCCGUUAACUCCAUCCUAAAAACACACUCUCCAGCUGCUUGGGAGUCAGGUAAAUGUUUUCCACAGAGAUAAACUGUAAACCUCUCGGAGCAAAUGGAGACUGAGUUAAAUAUCCAUCCUCUGUUUGACUCUGUUCUUACUGUUGUUUUAAAUUAACGUUAUCAAUCCUAAAAACGUACUGUACAGCUGCUUGGGAGUCAUAGGUCAAUGUUUUCCACAGGGAUGCACUGUAAACCUCUGAGUCAACGGAGACUGAGUUCAACUUCCAUCCUCUGUUUGACUGUUCUUACUGUUGUUUUAAAUUAACAUU